UUCUUGUUUUGCUUUCCAUCCAUCGUCGUCCCAGUUGCCGAAGCCGCAUGUUGAACAUUGUAGAAAAUUAAAUUUUAUUUUCUGAAUUUUACUCUCAGAAAUGCUUAAUUCAGGUCUUUUGACUGCGCGCCUCUUCCGGCAAACAACGUUCCUGACUGGCCUGAAUCAAACACGCAACAAAAACUAUCUCAAUCGACCUCGGUUACGAAACCCGAUUUGGUUUGUCAGAAAGGAACGAACGGUUCAUGAUGAAAUGCUCACCCCGGAGAAUACCUCCUUUGUGAAGGAGGUGCUGCACGACAAAUUCGGUCCUCCUGCCCUGAUAAAGGGAGUGCUAACGUUCGAUCAGUCGAACCAGUCUUUGAUCCGUACUGAGGAAUUGCCGGCAGUGCAGUGGCGACCGGGCUUGAAAAGAACCGGAGUGAUCGCCCGGAAGAUAGGGCAGUACCCGCUGUGGAUGAAGGAUGGCACCAAAAUUAGGACCACUUUGCUUCAGGUCAUCGACAACCACGUGGUCAAGUACAUACCCCCGGCAGAGUUCAAUCCUCCCCUGGAACCAAGGCAGAAGAAGAACUGGAAAAAUCCGUACGGUUGCCUGCUGGUCGGAGCCCAAAGUCAGGAUCCGUCGAUAUUCACCAAAGAGUACUGUGGCCUGUUCAAAGAUUCGGGAGUUUUGCCCAAACAGCAUCUCUGUCGGUUUAUUGUGUCGCCGGAAGCGCAACUGUUGCCGGGAACGCCCCUGAACGUUACCCACUUCAAAGUCGGUGACUAUGUGGAUGUGCGAGGAAAAACUGUGGAUCACGGGUUCCAAGGGGUUGUGAAACGACACGGCUUCAAGGGAAUGCCGGCGUCUCAUGGUGUGACAAAAACCCACCGCAAACCCGGUAACAUCGGUGCCGGCGGAGAGAAGGCUCGUGUCUGGCCCGGAACCAAAAUGCCCGGUCAUAUGGGUAACCGAUGGCGCAAUUUGCGAGGCCUGAAAAUCUGGCGUAUCAACACCAAGUACAACGUAAUGUGGGUGCAGGGAAGCAAUAUUGCCGGAGACACCAAUGGCUUAGUUUAUAUCUACGAUACAAUCCUGCCUCUUCGUAAGUACAAAGAAGCUCCGGCUUUUCCAACGCAUUUUGAGUCAGAGAAUGACCUAUAUGCCGACGAGGACAUUUGGCAUGAAGAUAUUCAUAACUUCAAGAGUGGUUCGAUUACUUUUAAGGAGGAGUAAGUGGUAGAGUACAAUAAAUGAAGAUAGCUAUUAGGA